GUUCACCUCCGACUCUGAAGUUUAGAAGCUUACAUCGUUCAAGUUAGAAGCAUUUUGCGCAUCUUCUCUAUCUCCGUGCUAGUUGUAGCCGGCACCGGCACGGCGUGCUGUUGCGAAAGUUUUUUUUUCGGUAAAGAAGAUGUUGAGUACAAAACUGCGAGUUCCUUAUGAACGUUCCUCGGCAGAUCCUACAAAUAAGAGUGAAGCAAGACGUGGACGACGAUCCGAAAGUUUUACUGCUGCACCCCUUGGUGAUGAGAUCGUCUUGAAAAUAGCGCCAUACCACGCAUUCCAUCGAAAACCAAAAGCACGGCUGCUGUGAGAUACAAGAUCAUCGAGUUCAAAAUGCGGUCGUCACUGCUCCUCCAGGUUGGCCGAUGGACAGGCUCUGCAAAAUCUACUUGAUCAUGAGCACUUCCUCUCUGCAAUAGCAACAACGAUCGUACCCGCCUUCGGAGCCGUGUGGAGGUUCGACGGCGAUCAAAGUCAUAAUUCGAUCAACAAAAGAACGCAACUACAAGAUCAAGUUCAAGAUCGUCUGAUGUACAAAAGAAAAAGAUAAUGCUGAAGAACUUCUGGUCAUACAUUCGGUAAAAGAAGGCACUCAGGAUUCCAUUUCUUCCAGGUUCGUGUCGUGCUCACCUCACCACAGCAUAAGUAGGAUUUUCUAUAGGAAGUGUACCUACAUCAACGGUUGUAUUUGUAUACCUUCAUCUUGCACCCGAAAUUUUUUUUCCUUCAUUUCCACUUUCUCUUUCACGGGCUCGCUUUUUAACUACACCGAAUAGCAUUUUCGUUCAUUGCAUAAGUUUAAGUACUAGAAAAUGGAGCUUUUCGGAUUGAAUUUGGCGAAACAGGAGUCCUUUACGGUUGACCUGGAUGUCUCCUGCUUGUGGUUGAAGAAAGCCUGCCUCGUCGGCGGAGAGAAGGCGCGAGUGUAUUCUUUUUAUCACUAGCAAUUUUUAGAUCGGAACGAGUAGCCGUAGGCGUAGCCGUUGCGCUCGUCUUUGCAUGAUGCUCAUGCAUUAAUAUCUCCUUCGCCUUCCACCUCACGUUCUACGUGCCAUUGGGCAUUGAUUUCAAAAAAAAUAGGUGAACAUCCGAGUUGUAGUUGGAUCUUCUUUUCUUUUCGGACCAAAAGCAAGAAAACCAAAAGAACGUUAACGUAUAAGGACUCGCUGAAGAAAUCGUAUCGAAUUUUGAAAAACUCACAGGUUCGUUUCGUGUGACAAGGAAGGAAACGGCGAAUUUGGGGAAAAAUUCUGCAUCGCAGUGCUCACCGAAAACAGAAACCCGGAAUCCAGCUUGGACCUGAAAUUCGAUUCGGAAUGCGUGAAGUUCACGUGCGAAGGCGAUGGAAAGGUCAGCCUGAUCGGUCAGAAGCAAAGCUUCCUGGGGGCCGACUCGGACUCAGAACAAGCAAUUGAACAAGCCACAAGAGCUGAUGCGGCUGCGCCAACAACCGCUACUUCUUCACUGGCCAAGAAGGGUUAUUUCCCUGGCCAAGAUCCUGAUUCACUGGCCAAAGCUUUCCCAGAUGCAGACCAGGCUGCUUUACGAGAGUUCGUAAGAUACUGGGACGAGGAGGAGGAAGAGGAGUGCAGCAUUGACUCCUCAUGCCCGGAAAUGGAGGACGUCGGCGCUCCAGCCGCGAAGAAGCAGAAAAUUGACCCGAUUGAUGACAAGAAAGCGUUAGAGAAGUCCACCAUUUCGAAGUCGACCGAGGCCGUGCAGCAAGCUGCCAAAACCGUGAAGGAGCAGAAGGACGACUUGGACGUCCGUACGAAGCUGAUCCAAGAGAAGCGACAAACCGAAAUCUUGGAGAAAAAGAUGAAGAAGCGGGAGGAGGAGCGAAAACAGUCGUCGCUGAAGUUGCAGGAGCAGGCAAAGCAGGAAAUGGAGAAAAUCAAGCAGCAGGAGGAGAAAGUAAAGCAGCUUCGGGCUGAGCAAGAGGCGGCCCAGCAAAAGAAACAGGCGGAAAUCAAACGAUUACAGGAGCAGAAGAAGCAGCAGGAAGAGAAGAACCAAGGAGGCUUGAUGGUAAUGUGCCUAUGAUUGCGUCAAGUACAUAACCUUAAAAACCGUUGACAUUUACGAGUUGACGAACAAGAACGUGCACUGCAGCAUCACGAGUAGUUGUUCCACAAUGGCUAAAUCUUCCAUUUCUCGCACUGCAUCAAAAACAAAAAGAAACUGAAGCUAAAGCAUAAAACCGAAACUGAAUUUAGAGCGUGUAUUGCAUCAUGCAUGAUGUAGUUGCUGGAUUCCUCUAUCUAACAGGCUCCGAUCAAGAAGCAGUUGGCUGGCGGUCUCAAGGUCGAGAUCUACAAGCAAGGGAACGGAGCACAAGCCAAGCCGGGACGCAAAGUUAGAGUUGCCUACGACGGGCGCCUUGCGAGCAACGGAAAACGGUAUAUAGUUUCAAUGAAGCUGUUGACGUCCUCAUAUUUUAUGUAAAUGACAAGGCUACACUUGACUACUCGUUCGGAAACGGAAACCUAUUAAUAGCUUUCAUCUCGCUUUCGCGUAUCACCUACAGGUUCGACAAGGGCGUGAUUACGUUCAAGCUUGGCAUGGGAGAGGUCAUCUCCGGCUGGGACCAGGGCGUCAAGGACAUGAAAGUCGGCGAGAAGCGUAAAUUACUCAUCCCGGCCCACCUGGGUUACGGCGCCCGUGGAAGCCCGCCGCAGAUCCCGCGGAACGCGGCCCUGGUUUUCGACGUCGAGCUCAAGCAAAUCAUGUAAAAGUGAACAGCACGGUCCGGGUCGAGACGCAGCUCGAGCUUGUGAGCUUUCGGGCUGCGUCUCUGAUUAUAGUUCAUGCUUUUUAAUGACGGAGACGCUGCAGCUGCACAGCACAUGCAUAGUUAGUAUUCCAGCGCUUUAAGUACUACGACGCACCCUCUUGUUCCGUGGUCCAUAUUCAUCUUUCUUUCUAGAAAAUGCGAAGAUGGGGACGACGUCCUCUCGUAAAGAGUUCAAACGAAAAGAUGACAGCCAUGAAAUUCUUGUUGUUUGCGCGCAACAAAAAUAUUGACGGCAACAGCCAACAA